AUGGCGCAGCCAUGGAGUGGGUCUCCUGGAGCACACGAUGAAGCAUUGGGUGCCGUCUUCGCCGAGACCGAGGUCUUCUUAACAGAGCUCGCGAAGCUUUGGCGGCGUCCAGAGCUUUCUCCGGAGGACGCAACCAAUCGCGCCAAUGGUGUGCGGACGAAGCUAGGUCCCAUCUUGGAGAGUGAGCGCAACUGGCUCCAGAAGAACCGCGACAAGCUGGACAAGGCCUUGGAGGAGGCGUCCAAACUCGCUGCAGAUGUAGGCGAGGCACCUCCCGUGAAGCAGGAGAAUGUUCCACUUUCUGAGCAGCGUGCUGGCGUGAAAGCGACCAUCGAGCGCUUGGAAAAAGCAAAGAAACGGCAGGGGACAGAGAUUCAAGAGCUUCGCGCCAAAGUGGCCAAAGAGUGCAAGCGAUUGAACCUGGAGGAAUCGGACUACGCAGUGGAGGCUGCUCUGACUGGGGGGCCAGCAGUCAAGGCCUUGAAGAUGCAGCUCCAGCGCCUGGACGAAGUGAUGCGUGAGCGUGUGGAUGUCGUCCUUGCUGCCCGAGGGCGCAUCCGAGACCUCUCUGGUUCGCUCGGGGAGGCUCUCGAAUUCCGCCUGGCCUUCGACGGUGAGCUGCCGGGGAGCGAAGGGGGUGUUGUUGUUCUUCCAAAGACGGCAGAGAACGAAAAGUUCGUGAACGAUCUCGCCGAAUUCAAGGAGUCCUCCACAAAGGAUGUGGCCAUGUUUACGCGGUGCUCGAGCCACUUGAAAGAGCUCGAGCAAGCGUACUUAGACGAGCUCGGCCGGCGCAAACCCCAGAAGAAGGUGAGGUCCAUUAGCUCCGACUCUGCCUCACGCUCCAAGUCACGCCCAAAGAAGAAGAAGAAAAAGGAGAAGGAGGCGAAGGAGGAGCGGAAGAAGGCUAAGAAAGCAAAGGAGAGCCGCGCACAGAGCCCCAGGCCUGAACACCGACCCGAACAUGAGGGGAACGGGGAGGCAGUGCCGCUUUCGCCGCGGCAGGCCUGGAAGCCUGACUCGAAGGCACAAAAAAACGAAGAAAAAGCCGAACCAAAACCCGAGCACCAGCCUUGGAACGAGGCUCCGGCUCAGGGGCCAUGGACUCCAAGCGGUAUGCCGCCGCCUGGACCUCCGCCGCCCGGCGCACCUCCGGCCUAUCCCCAAGCGGCCCAAGGUUCUCCCUGGCAGCCACCUCAAGGAGCUCCGAUUCCACCUCCAGCAUAUCCCUACAGCCACCCACCUCCUCGCCCCGGGCACGCGCCACCCCAUGCUCACGCGCCCCCGCACGCACCGCCCCAUGCUGCCCACGCCCCACCCCAUCAUCCGCCACCACCCGGCUAUCCGUCUUAUCCACCGCCGCCUGGCUACUUCCCACCCAGGCAUGAGGCAUGGCCUCCACCACACCUCGCUUACCCAAAGCCAGCUCCCGCGCCACCCCCUCACUACGGUGCUCCACCGGGCAUGCCACCGCAGCCCAUGGCGCCCAGCAAUGAUUCUGACUACCGCCAUUGGGCGAAGUCCGCGGCACCCGUGCCAGAAGCUCCGGCACCGUACCCUCCUCCCAACUUCACUGCCCCCGCACCAGGGCCAGCGCAUGCCGCCCCACCUGCAUAUGUCUAUGCGCCCCCACCUGCAGCCGGAGGUCCUCCAACAAACUGGCUGGGACCGGCUGCUGAGUAUCCCGGCCGCUGA